AUUAUCAUCGUGAUGGAGGUAAAACUUGCAGAAGAGAAUGUUAUAUUUUCGGAUGAUGUUUGUUUUGAGAUAAUUUCCAUGAUUGAUGAUUCUUGGUUUAUUUUGAAUAAUUGUUGUUUAAUUUCAAAACAAUGGUUUAAUGUGAUCAAGGAACGUUCAAAACUUGUUAUUCAAUUUAACGAACAAUUUACAGAAAAUAGAAUUGAAUUGUUAAUGAAAAGUCAAUUCAUGAAUAGUAUUGUAAAUGUUAAGUUUUCUUAUAUGUUGCUUAACUCUCCAGAUCAAGUUAAAUUCAUAACUGAAAUGAAACAAUUAACAUCACUUAGUAUUGCUGGCAAUCAAAUUGGUGUAGAAGGAGCCAAAUUUAUAAGUGAAAUGAAACAAUUAACAUCACUUGAUAUACAUGAUAAUGGAAUUGGUGUAGAAGGAGCCAAAUACAUUAGUGAAAUGAAACAAUUAACAUCACUAAAUAUUGCUGACAAUCAAAUUCAUGUAGAAGGAGCCAAAUUUAUAAGUGAAAUGAAACAAUUAACAUCACUUAAUAUAUAUUAUAAUGGAAUUGGUGUAGAAGGAUCCAAGUACAUAAGUGAAAUGAAACAAUUAGCGUAGAAUAAAACGUGUAACUUUAUU